UUUUUCACUUUUGACUUAUUGGCUUCUUUAGCUUUUUGCUUUCUCAAUAAUUUCACUUGUGCUAUGCUAUUUCAAAGAUUGUGAUCAAGUCUUAAAGAAAAAUAAUCAACUAGUAAUAUCAAUUGAUGCCGGACGACAAGAAGAUGCUAUGUUUACAAUUUGAUGAUAACAAUUUGGAAUUCAGUUAUUUACAGGGCCUUUCUAUAUUGCUGCCAACUAUUGUUCUGGUUUAUUGUCUGCUCAAAUUUAUUCUUCAAUUGCUAAUUCAUCAUCCUCAACAUAUGUCUCAGCCCAAAAAAAGAGAGAUAGAAAUCGUUACGAACGAAAAAUCAGAUGCUUCAGAUCAGUUGGAUGAAGCAAAAGGCAAACAAGCUGUUCUGUACAGAUUUAGGCUGAGGCACAAAAAGAUACAAACAGAAAUAACAAGCUGUUCUAAAUUGAUUGAUAAGGAAGAGGAAAUUUGUGUGUCAAAAAUGCCUCCUCGUCUUCGUGAUGGUGAUCUGGUGCAUUUCAGCCACAGACAUCCUUUGCUAAGAUUUCAUCUUAAAGGAACAGACGUUAUAAGAUGCAACAUGUGUACUAUUAUAAUUUCCGGGGUAGCUUAUGGCUGCGAUUGUUGUCGUUACUUUCUCCAUGAGGUAUGUUCUAACAUUCCUAAAAGAAUUCGACAUGAUUUUCAUCCUAUGCACUCAAUCACUCUUCUUCCCAUUCCUUCAAUCGCUCUUUGGCAUUCGAAAGUGGAAAGUGAAUUCUGUUGUGUGGCAUGUGGUUAUGACAACUCAUUGUUUUCAUUUUACUAUCAUUGUGAUUUGUGUAAAUUUGAUCUUCAUCUUGAAUGUGCUUCUGUGACGACGAAAUUGAUCCAUAAGGUAAAAUACCCUCUUGAUCUCUUCACUUCCUUUCCACUAAAAAGUGAAGGGGCAACCCUGUUAUGUUGUAUUUGUAACCAAGUUAUGAAUAGGCAAUCCGCUUGGCUUUUCUAUAAUCGCGAGUUUGAUUACAUCUGUCAUUUCGAGUGUGCUGCUGAAGAAGAGGUUGGAGUUAUAGGGGAUCAAAGUUUCCUAUCUGAAGUCCAGAAAUCCUUGCUCCUCCAAAAAAGUUGUUCUGGCCAACAACAGAAACUCGAAAAGCUAGGAGAAGUUAUACACUUCAGCCACCGCCACCCGUUGAAAGCAAUUAAACAAACGAAUAAGGCGUCAAUCAUGAAUUGCUGCAUGUGUUCAAACCAGGCUUUAUCCGGUUACAUUUGCCAGCUAUGCAAUUAUUUCAUCGACGAGACUUGUUUCCCUCUUCCGCGAAGGAUACAACACCAUUUUCACCCAAAUCACCCCCUCAUACUCGCUAGCUAUAACGAUCCCCCAAAGUCCAAAUGCAGAGCUUGUGGUCAUGAAGAAGGUGCAAAAUACCGUUGCUCUACUUGUAAAUUCAGUCUCCAUCGUUGCUGUGCUGGUGCUCCCAUGACAUUUACCCUUGGCACAAACAAGAAAGUUUCUUAUAAACUUCUCUAUUCGUAUCCAUAUGAUGGUGAGAUGGCAGUUAUCAAAUGCAGUGGCUGUUCCAGCGAGUUAAACUCAAAAGAGAGCUUCAUGUACUACAAUUUCGACCUCGAUGAAGUGGUUCAUGUCCAUUGUGCACUUAAUAGAGAAACUGACUCUUAUGAUACUAUGUUUGUUUUAGCUUCUGAAAGACUGAAAAGUAUUAAAAUAGAGGAAGACCACUCCUAG